AUGCUCAGCUCAUUGAGUUUUCUCAUUCAUGGCCAAAACAACAAUCAGCAACAAAACCAAACACUUAAAGAACUAGAAUGUCUCUACCUAGUUAGUAAAAACAAGCCAGUGAGAGACGCGGAUGGAAACCCAUUAUCUGUCGAAGAGUUGACUGAAGAUCUGAACAAAAGGAUUAUAAAACUGAAGCUGGAUGCGUUUCAAACGGUGAUUAAUGAUAUAUUAGAUAAAUUAUAUACUCACGACGAAGCUCUCCAUUACUUUGUUCUCGUCACAACGUACAGAUUGCCAGAUCAGCACUUGGAGCAAAGUUUAAAGGACUUAUCGACCCAACAAAACUUGAUUGUGAAAAUCGAUGAUGUAUACAAAUAUCGUCUGUACUCCAAGCCAAUGGAACACAACAACAUUCCACGACUUGCAUGGGACAUAACUCCAGUCUUGAAAACUUUGAAAGUUUCAGACGUCGAUGUUUCAGUUUUUCCAAAAUACACAUCGAGCUUCAAGGCUGUAGACGAAUGGGGAUUGAUUUCCACCGAGUUCCGAGGCAUUCUCAGUUGCGAAGAAUUGAAUUUAAGUGUCCGAGAGGGACAACUAAUUGAAUUUUUCCACCUGGAUUCUCUAACCUUCUUCAAAAACAUUCUUGACAUGCACCGUGAUAUUAGUUCGGAUCUAUUCCAACUCGAUGGGGAUAACCACUUCUAUCAGUCAAGACCGUGUCGAGUGGGAGAAUGGAAUCUGACGACAACGCGAAUUGUGCUUCAAAAACAUCUGUUUUUGGCCAAUCAACUAUCAGAAACAGUUCGAAAACUGAAAGAUCAUUUUGUCACAACUACAAGUAACUCCAUUAGACUUCUGAUUCAAAGAUAUCUUAUCGACGAGCAGCACAUAUUUUCCGAUUAUUUUGAAUUGUCACUUGGAAACCAAUCUGCUUUGCAGUUCCGGUCUAUUGUUGAAUCUUUCAACAAUUUGAAUCUUCUUAAUCAGAAUUUGAAUAAAUUUGAAGUUUGUGAUAAAAUAUAUGAAACAGUUAGUGCCCACUAUCAUGUUAUUCGAGAAAUGAACAAAGUUGUUCAAAAUAUAAACGAUUACAGUCCUAUUCUCCUCAACGAAAUGUCCUUCACUGGUUCUCAAUCGGCACCCCAGUUUUAUGCUCGUCAAAUGUGGAAAAGACUGAAUGUAUCUCUCAUUCGAUUCAUCGUGAACAAACUGGCAGAAAUGUUGACAACUCCCGAUUCUGAGCUUAUGGAGCUUCUUACUGAUGCGAGUGAUGUCAAGCUCAUCAAAGAUCCAUCUAUUUGGCAACGAUUAAAUCCGCUGAUAAUGGAAUCAUCACAAUGCAUUGAUGAACUUCUGGCGAAUCGAGUUGCAGAUCUUAUUAUUGGAUAUCAGUUUUUUAUAAACGACAAGAAGAAUAAAAGUUGGAAAUCGGAUGAUUCUACAUUUGCCUUAACGGAUAUACAAGAUGCAGAAGAGCUAGAGUUAUUCGCAAAGACAUCUAAUUUUGAGAAGAUAAUUGAUGGAAUACUAUCUGAAAUUGAUGUUAACUCAACUUCUGGAAACCUAGAUGAGCUUUCCACGUGUAUUAAUAAGCUUCUGGAGCAAGUUCCAACAACAAUGCUCGUUGAAAAGUAUUCACGCGUUGUUCUAGAGAAGUCUGUCCGAUUUUUUGGGUUUCUCAAAACUUUCUUCACUUCUGCCUAUAUUCAUUUAAAGGAUAGGAAUAUUUUAAGUCGUACUACAUUGGAUACAUUAGAACGAGAGAAAAUGCAUAAACAAGGAUACGACGCAGAAUUUUUGAAAACAGUCGGAUACGACAUGAAAAGUACAAUGGAGGACUCUCUACUAACUGUCAACCCUCCAGAACCGCUUAAUGUUUUCGUUUCUACUGGUGUAACUGACCUUUACUCGCAGGUUUUCACAGUUUUGAACAUGCUGCAUACAGCACUUGAGGCAGUUAUCGAAACGCGAAAUUCAGAAACUUUGAAGCAUGAACCUCGUCUUCGCUACGCAUUCUUCCACAUGAAUACAACAGUUUUUGCAAUUCGAAAGAAUAUGUUGAGUUUGAUUGAAGCUUCAUUUGAAACAUUGAUGAAAGCGUUGGAUUUUGAGAGUGCUUCCGAACACAAAAGUUCACAUGAACUACUCAAUGUCUGUUAUAAAGCUCAUCGGAAGUUCAUUCGUGAUGUUGCCGGAGCGUUGAUGUUGAAUUCAAAGCGAGGCACGACUGGAAGAGUAAUCAGAUUGAUGGUCAGUAGUGUGUCACAAGCAUCUCGCGCGUGUGUGAAUGGAGAUGCAGUCAGUGCGGAUAAACACUAUCAACAGUUUCUAACAAACCUUCUCAUUUUCCUUGAUCAUGAGACAACCGUAGAACCAUCAAAUCCAUUUCCACCUCCGUAUAAUGCGGAAGACGCAAAAGUUAUGUUAGUCAGCAAGUCCAGCAAAUUCUCGAAAAUCAACAGUUACGUCAGAGAGUACUUCACAGAAAGUUCAGACCGGAAUCGGUUUGUGGUUUUCAAAUCUACGAAUGGAGCAACAGAGAAAGCUAUUUCCUGUGUGGAAGUUUUCAAACAACAGUUUGAAGAACCCCUAUACCAGUGGACGCGUGUUGUCUGUUCAAAGAGGAUCGUGCUGUGGAAAUGCCAGCAAGAAGGUCCGAGAGAUAUGCAAUGUUCUUCGGACAAAGAGAUCGCUUUCCUCCCGAAUAACCGCGCUUCACACGGCUCUGGUGGCAAAUCAGAUAAAAAGAAACCGAAAAAAGGAAAUCGAAAAACAAACGAAGGCAAUAAGUGGACGAAACCAAGUUCGGAGCAAAGGAAGAACGAGCAAAAAGAGAGGAAUCAACUGCUCAAAGAAAUUGAAGGCCCAAGUGCCCAAUAG